CGUGAAAGAGAGCGGUAUCCAGACGGCCCUGACUGGGCCGAGGAGGCCGAGGGAGAGCUAGGCCUAUUCUCUUGUGAAGUGCGGCUGAUGUAUUUUAUAUGCCUCAAAAAUGGUGAAAAUAAGGACGAAAUGGGGCAAAUGUAGGAAUUCCUUUGGCUUACAUAAUGACGGAAGGAUGUGAAGAUGGCAGCAGCGGGUCCUUCCUGGUGCGAGUUCGGGCACAGGUGAUGAUGCGCGAUGACAGCACUGGUGGUUGGGUCCCCAUGGGUAGUGGGGGACUCUCCAAUGUGUCUGUUAGAAAACGCUCAAUAGCACCGGAUGAGGCUAACCAUGAAUAUCUUAUUUUUGGAAGAAGAAUAUCAGACCAAUCUGUGGUUCUUAGCUGCCUUAUCAAGAAAGAUUUUGAGUAUUAUAAAGUUAUGCCUACAUUUCAUCAUUGGAAGACUGGUGAGAAGAAAUUUGGUUUGACAUUUCAAACAGCAGCUGAUGCUCGGGCAUUUGAUAAAGGUGUCCGAACUGCCAUAGAAGAGUUAUUACAAGUGCAUCAUUUUGGAAAUGGCCCUCUAGAUGGUAAAAAGGACCCCCAACUACCUCUUCCCCCCUCUUGCAAGGCUGGCCCACUGCCAGGUAUUGAAACCUCACAUCACUGCACAAAUUACUCUGAAGAUCCUGGUGAUGAUGAUGUAUUUAUGACUUUAAAUCUUCCCGUUGAACGAGGAGAUUCCCAAUCAUCAUCAGACUCGUCCGGUGCUAAAUAUGGAUCAACCCAACCAUGUGAUUUGUCUCUGUCAAGCCACCCAAGAAUUAAUUACCUGUCCCGUCAUAGCAUUGACAGUCCAGGCUCAGGCCCUGGCUCUGAUUGUCCCAGAGUUAAAGAGCCGCCUCCUGGAGGAGGUGGUGGGCCUGGAAAUACAGAUAACUACUCCUAUGUACAGUUAACAGCUGUGCACGAAUAUAUCUAUCCUUCAAUCGAAGAUCGGAGAGAUAGCUUAAAAAAGUCAAGUCUUGAAACACCUUUAACUUCCACAACUUCAUCAACCCAGCCUGCAUUGCCAACCAAAAAAAAAGAUAAGAGAAAAUCCUGCAGACACUGUCAGGAGCUUUUUUCUGAAGAUAGCAAUCCUCGAGGCAGCUGUGAAUUUGCCCCAGAUUGUGUUAAAUCAGCAGUGGAUUAUGUGACGUGCAUAUCAUGUGCUCAGUGCAUGCUGUAUCAUUGUAUGGCAGAUGAGGAAGGAGAGUUUGUUCAGCAGCCUUGUGACUGUAAUCCUGUAGAGGAAAACUGGCUCGCCAGAAGAAGACGCUGGAUUGGGCUGGCCCUUUUAUCCUUAAUUGUACCCUGCCUUUGCUGUUACCCACCCCUGCGGGCCUGCCAUUGGUGCUGUGUUAGAUGUGGCAUCUGUGGUGGCAAACAUGAACCUGACUCAUAGCCCAAGUUUAGCUGUGCCUGAUCUUCCCUGCCUUCCCCUUCCCUUAUUUAAUGUAAAAGAAAAAAAGAAUUGUUAUGUAUUAGUAUUGUGACUGUUGUCUUGCCUCACUUGUUUUGCAAGCUUUCUGCCAACAGUCCCCUCACCACUUUUGUAGAAAUUAUUGUUACUGCAAAGCAAGUGAUUUAAACUCUACAGGAAAGUUACCAAAGUCUUUAGAUAAUUGCUAAGAAGACGUGAUGGAAGGUUGGGAGGGUGCUGAGGUGGCUUGGGCAGAGUGGACUCAAGUUGUGAUAAGACGUGGGUUGGCAUUCCAGCAGUUGGAAGUUCUUUAACCUGACCUUCUCUUCCUGCCCAUUUAAUUUAAUAAUAUAUUGUCUCUAAAAUGCCGAAAGCUUAAAUUAUUAUUUUUAAAAUUUUCCACUGGUUAUAUUUAUGUAUGAUCAUGAAUCUUUAUCAAUGCUAUCACACUGACAUAAUGAAAAUGGACUCUUAUCAAGAGACUGAGUGAGAGAGUAUACUCAAAUGUGUGAAAGUUGUGUGAUCUCUUUUGCGUGAUGUUAAUUGAAUUCUGUAUGAAUUUUGCUAUCAUUGGUGGGUACCCGGUGUACAUUAUAGUGUUUUCCUUGACCCUGUGUUGAAAUUUUAAAGUUAAUAUCAGCUUAAUCGACUGAAGGUGUGGCUCCUUUUUGGCAGAGUAAUCUGUUGAGGACCAAAAGUUAUGCUCACUUCAACUGCACCAAUUCUUCAUUUCACCUGUCCAGAUUCUUAUAAUCAUUGGGCCAUGGGUAUGCUCAGUUAGGAUUUAUAUAUGUCUUGAUAGAUAUAUAUAUGUAUGUGUAUAUAUCUAUGUUUUUUUAUUUAUAUAUACAUAUAUGUAUAUAUGUAUCGUCUUGGCUGGUGCUACCAGGGAUCACUGGUCUCAGUCCAAAUGGAGCCACAAUUUUUGUUUUUCUCCUGUUUCUCACACAUUGAGGUGUGUUAUUUAACUAUUUAAUUGUACAGUUACCUUACUUUCACCCACCUACAUUAAGUUUAUUUCAAAUAUGUAUACCUGUUGGUGUACUUCAUCGUUCACAUGACCUUAAGAGUGAUAAAUGAUUAUUACCUGCUCAUGUCUGUUACUUUAUGACUGUUACUCUAAAUUGCAAAGCUUGGAAAAAAAAAAGCAAAUAUUUCAUUUUUAAUUUCUUAAUUGUUAAUGAAAUAAGCUGCAGAGCAUUCUGUAUGUUCUUUUUAUUUUUACAAUAAUUAUUGUUGCAUGCCACAUUAAACCAGUGUUAUGCAAGAUAGUUUGACAACCACUGCAUUGGAAGGCAUUUGUUGAAAGUGAAUUCCUCCAAUUCAGUUAAAUUUUUAUGCGAAUGACGAGUGUGUGGGAUUUGUGUGGAUGUUAUAUAUUUGAUUAUUACGUAUGUUGUAUUUGACCUCUGAAAACAGAAAUUUGUUAAUGUUAUGAGUAUUAUGAUUAUCGAUAUUACUAAAAUCUUUAGUAAUAAUAUUUUAGGUUUAUAGUAAUUUGUCACAAUUAUCGUUUUGAAUUGGUAUUAUCACUGUUACAAGAAACGAAUAAUAUUAAUGUGUUAUGCAUACUGAAAGUGUAAUGAAUUGUUUUUUUUUUAUUGCAAUCAGUUAUAGCUACUUACAGCUACAGUGCUUUCUUUAGCAAAUAUUUAUUGGAAGGAAAAUUGAUGUUUUGGUGCACAUUUCUUUUAAGAUGGAAUUUCUCAUUGCCUUGAUGUCUCAAUCUGUUGUUUCCUGUGUGUUUUUGCCAAACUUUUGUACAGUAUGAGUACAUAAAUAUUUUUCAUCCAAAAAUGA